AUGCUACGGCUGUCACCACCUCCAACCCAAAAAGAACCUGUUACCCCACGCAUCCUCCGACAACUCCGCCAGGACCGCAACUUCAACAAUGCCCGUGAGUGCGUCCUGUGGGGGGCUGCUCUCAUGGACUACUUCUUUAUGUUGCGCCGCAGCGAAUACCUGGCGGACCGAGGUCAAGUGAAGCCGUACAUCCUACGAUACGCGGGCGUGACAUGCAUCACUCAAGACGGAAAACAAGCUCAACAUGAAGCUGAAGCGACAUCUAUUCGAGUAUUUUCCGUGGCAGCAAAACGGACCAGUGCGGGCGGGGCGAAACCAGAAUCCUCGAGCGCUCUGGACUCUGGUGGCCAUGUCCCGUUUGCGCCGCGUGGCUCCUAA